GAUGAAUGGAUGCAGUAUGGACAGGUGGAUGGAUGAUGAAGCGGGCAGCAUCCGCUGUCACAUGAUCCAUGAAGCUGAGAUCUGAGCGAUCCAGAAGCGCAGCUCUGCACUCGCUCUCCAUCUCAUCUGAUGCUCGGUCUCUGUGAUUGGACAUCCUGAGAAGGAUGACUGGGAAAACUCAAACCAGCAAUAUAACAAACAAGACAGAUCCUCGCUCACUGAAUUCCAGAGUGUUCAUUGGUAACCUCAACACUGCUGUGGUCAAGAAAACUGACAUUGAGCUCAUUUUUGCCAAGUAUGGGAAGAUCACCGGCUGCUCUGUGCACAAGGGCUUUGCUUUCGUCCAGUAUGCCUGCGAGAGGAACGCUCGAUCGGCUGUGGCUGGUGAGAACACCAGGAUGCUGGCUGGACAGACUUUAGACAUUAACAUGGCUGGAGAACCACGUCCUUACAGGCCAAAAGUGGGAUCCAAGCGACCUUUCUCCUUAUACAGUGGCUAUGAAUUUGAUUAUGAUUUCUACAGGGACGAUUUCUAUACCAGAAUUUUUGACAUCCAUGGAAGAUUAGCACCCUCCCCUCGGGCUAUGAUACCUAUCAAGCAUUCCCGUUUGGUUGCACUCUCAACACGCAGGACAAAAAACUCAUUCCAGCCAAAGAUGUCCACCUGCUCUUCUUAUCUAAGAACGCUGUCUUCAGGUUCCUUAUGCUCUAUGGUGAAAUCCGAUCAGCUCCUGACAAUCAAAAAAGAACUGUCCCAGAUAAAGAUUAAGAUCGACUCCUUACUGGGAAGGCUAGAGAAGAUUGAACAGAAGCAGUUAGCAGAAGCAGACACCCACAGGAAGCACGAGAAGGCCUAUCAAUCUCUCUAUAGUGAGACAGAAGAGGAUGUGGAUCAGGAACAUCACGAAGCGGGGUCUUGGGAAGUGACUAAUGAAGGUGAUGAUGGAUAUAAUGACAGGGCUAACAGUGAACUGAUAGAAAACCACAUAUCUGAUGUAGACAACUGAGCAAGGACUUUAGUGAGAUGAUGUCACUAUUUGAGAUUUGAGACUCCCUGCUGUCCAUGACUGGGACCAGCACACCUAUCAAGUUUACUAUUUUUGGAAGAUAUCCAGAUCGAAACUGUUUACCCUUUCAUGUCUAUUUAUUUAUUUAUUUAUUUAUAUGCAUUUUUCAUUAAUUCAGCUGGUCAUACAUGCACAUACGUGAGUAUGUAUAGUCAGACAAAAUGAAUGGAUGAAAAUCGUAACUUAAUAUGUAUAAUAAUUAGUGUGUUUUAUCUAGCAAAUGUGAUCAAUUUCAGUGUCAACUGUCAUAAAGGUUUACAAAUAAAUGAAAAAAAAAUUAAUUGUAUUUGCAUUUGAUUUUUUUUUUUUUUUUUUUUGGACAUUAUAAUUAUGUACGGAUUUAAAUAAAGUUUAUUGAAUGCACAUUUAUGUACAUUUAAACUAUAAUAAAAUUAUUUAUGUCUCGCUCAUUAUUAGGAAUAUAAGCUAUGUUUACAUCUCUAUUUCUUUUUUUAUUCUUAUUGUUGUUUAUAAUAACUUAUCUGAAAAGUGUGGUAAAAAUAUUUUUGUGUGUUUAAUAUUGUGUGACGCAUUUGUGAAAUAAAAUCGGCCAGACAUCAAUUGUAGCAAGUUUUUAAUUUUUGGGUAUUUAAUGUUGAUUGUAGCUGUGCAUUAAUGUAAGCUAACUGAAAGUUUUAAGAGACAGAUGGUUU